UAGAAAAACAUGUUGAUCGAGCCGCGAUUCGCGGCGCGCGAGACGUGCGAACCGUGUAAACCGCGUGCGCGUUUGUUGUUUUCUUAGGCACGUCCGUAUCGUUUGUCGAAAUCGAGAGCGCCGGGUACGUAAUAAUUGGUAUCUCGUCGGAAGAAGACGCCACACCUCCGUCGCGACAAUGGACAGAGCUGGCCGAGGGAAACGAGCAUCGUUCAAAGACAAAGCUGUGUACGGGUACGGGACGAGUAUUCCGCCGAACAACAAUGAUUUGGAGGAGAACGAGGCUUCGUCGCCUAGGAAGGUGAUCUUUUGCGUUCACGGGAAACUCUCGGGCUGCUGCACGGUAAUGAGCGGCGGCAGUUCGCUCGAAGAAACCGCGGCCACCGGAGAUUUCCAGAGACGCCCUUCCACGAUACCGGAAGACCACUGCCAUAGAGAGAGAAACGAGGAGAUCGAUAAGAAAGCCAGGAAGAAACUGCUGCUCGCCAGCGCGUUGUGCGUAUUAUUUAUGAUGGCGGAAAUCGUAGGUGGAGUAUUGUCGAACAGUUUGGCCAUCGCGACGGACGCUGCUCAUCUGCUGACCGAUUUCGCCUCCUUCAUGAUCUCCUUGUUCUCCAUAUGGGUCGCGAGUCGGCCAGCGACGAGAAAAAUGCCGUUCGGAUGGUACAGAGCGGAAGUGAUCGGAGCUCUGACCUCGGUCCUCUUGAUAUGGGUGGUCACCGGAAUCCUGUUCUACCUGGCAGUCGAAAGAAUCGUUCAUCGGGAAUUCGAACUGAACGCUACCGUGAUGUUGAUCUCGUCUGCCGUUGGCGUCGCGGUAAAUCUAGUGAUGGGCCUGUCGCUGCACCAGCACGGCCACAGCCACGGCCACAGCCACGGCCACAGCGACGGCCACGAGUACGAGCCGCGAGAGUCGAGCCAGCCGGCCAACCUGGAGAACCAAACGGUCCACGAGGACGCUCACGGCCACGAUAAAAAGAACAUCAACGUGCGAGCAGCCUUCAUUCACGUGCUGGGAGAUUUUAUUCAGAGCAUAGGCGUCUUCGUCGCGGCGCUAGUAAUUUAUUUCAAGCCCGACUGGAGCAUAGUCGACCCUAUUUGCACUUUCCUCUUUUCCGUCCUGGUCAUGCUGACCACCGUUGCCAUAAUCAAAGACGUGAUGAACGUUCUCAUGGAAGGGAUCCCGAAGGGCGUCGACUACUCGCAAGUCGAGAGCACGUUCAUGCAGAUCAACGGUGUGGUGAAAGUCCACAACCUUCGCAUCUGGGCACUCUCCUUGGACAAAACCGCGCUGUCCGCGCAUCUCGCGAUAACGCCUGGCACGAGUCCCCAAGACAUACUGCGCACCGCCACCAGGAACAUUCACGACCAGUACAGAUUCUUCGAAAUGACGCUGCAGAUCGAGGAGUUCGACCAACGAAUGGAGAAUUGCAAGCAGUGCAAAGCGUUGUCUCAGUAGUCGAGUAUUUAUUUCAGUGCUUCGAAAGCGAAACGGUCGACGAUGGAAAAAUGGCGAAACAUAAGAAAAUGAACCUGUACCAACGAAUUAA